AUGGCUGCCCACGAGGCUGGAUUCAGCCGCAUUUCAGACCAGCACAUUGCAGCGGUGAUUCGUGAUUCUGACGAGUGGGCCUUCGUUGAAUACAUGAUCCAGAUUAAUACAAGGACUUCUCGUGUCAAGCUUCUCCAGGCCUGGCACAUAUCACCGCUCUCCGUUGUGAACCAGUUUGAGAAACGCACAGCUCGGCGUUUGGUGGUCUAUUCUUUCGUCGACGCUUCUCUGCUUGAUGAAGACAACUCCAUACAAGAUGUUGCAAGACGCGGCUUCAAAAUUGGACCUCGGGGGAUGAAGUUCGUGCUGGGGAAUUUCAGCUUGCAGGGAAUCCCGCUUUUACGCGGCGGACCAAAAGAAGCACCGGAUCCCUUUACGCUUCCUUCAUCGGAGAUACCGUCCAGCGCCGAAGAACGGCAGAAACACGAUUUGUCAGAGUUCGUGGAAGCGGCGAAGACACAGCUUCUCAGUGGAGAACGACGCGUCUACGAGUACUUUCUCUGUAAAGUUGGAGUGGGUCAUUCGGUCGUCAUGUCUGACGAAAGAGAAGCAUCAGGCGAGCGCACCACGCUUCCACCAGAAUACGAUAGCGCAUAUCUGCAGAACGGUGGUGCAGCGCCGACAGAGACGCUCACCGUGUUCUUCGACGAUCCUGAACAAUCCAAAGGAUCGUCCUGUAUCAGAAGGGCAGAAGCUGUCCGACAGGCAAACAGAGGACUUUCUAUGGCUACGGCUGGCGUCCUGCCUCGACACACUUUCCGUCAGGAAUACGUUGUUUACGACUCAUCACAGGUGAGAUCAGUGCAGGGCACUGAAUAG